AUGAGAUUCUUGCGAUGGGAUCGGGCUCUGAAACUGUGCAUGGACAAGUCUGGCAAGAACAGAUGGGACAGCGAUCCCAUGAUCCUGAAUCAAGAGGCCCACGAGCUGGCCGUCGAGAAGCAGCGCCAGGCAUUGGACUAUGUGGAAGAUGCAUCGGACGACAUGCGCACAAAGUUGGCACCCAUGUGGAAAUACUGCUUCGUCCAGUGGCACAUCUACGACGCCGGAACGGAGGCAACAGAGAAGGGCGUUCCCGUGGCAGUGAUGCUCCGAGAUCCAGACCUCCGCGCGGAUGUGGAGACCCUGCGGGUCCUCUGCGACAGCGGGGACUUGGACAGCGCCUCGACUUCAGAGGAGUGGAUGUGGAAGCUCUUGGACCCUCUUCCUGAGCAGGGCACGCUGCCGAGUGACGAAGUAACGAAGUUGAUCCAGGACGGUAAAGAGGAACGUCACCUCGGAGUCGUCGCCUUCAACGAGGAGCGUUUCGACAAGGCUUUGUGGCAUUUCUGGCAGGGCCAGAAGCUCUUGGCACCCGCACCUGGGGGUGGCCCGGUGGCGAAGCUCCGGUCGGAGCUUCUGAAGAACCGGUCUGCGGCCGUUUCCCGACAGAUCAGCCAGGGGAUGAUUGGGGUGACGACGGCGAUGAUUAUGCCGGUCAUGAGUGGAGGAGAAGGAGCAGGAGAACGAUGA